ACAUUUGCAGAAGAAUAUCUUAUUUGGGGAGUUAUUACAGAGCACACAGUUACAGAUCUGUCUCCUGGUGGAAUAUAUAACAUCACGGUACAUAGAGUGAGAGACAAUGUUGAAGGAUCUGGCACAUUUAUCAGAGUUGUUGCAGAACCAGAAAGACCUGAGAAAUUGAAAGCCUUCAAUAUUUCUGCACAUUCCUUCUCUCUGUACUGGAGCCUGCCCCCUGGCCAUGUGGAAAGGUUUCAUGUGGAUCUUGUUCCUGACAGUGGCUUUGUUACUAUCAAAGAUCUUGGAGGUGGAGAGUAUCAGGUUGAUGUUUCCAACGCUGUUCCUGGCACUAGGUACGAUGUGACCAUCUCUUCAAUUUCUGCUACAACAUACAGCUCUCCUGUUAGUAGAACAGUGACAACGAAUGUCACAAAACCAGGGCCUCCAGUCUUCCUAGCGGGAGAAAGAGUUGGAUCUGCUGGGAUUCUUCUGUCUUGGAAUACACCACCUAACCCAAAUGGAAGAAUCAUAUCUUACAUUGUGAAAUAUAAGGAAGUUUGUCCAUGGAUGCAAACAGAAUAUACACAAGUUAGAACGAAGCUGGACAGUCUGGAAGUUCUUCUUACUAAUCUUAAUCCUGGAACAACAUAUGAAAUCAAGGUUGCUGCUGAAAACAGCGCUGGCAUUGGAGUGUUUAGUGACCCAUUUCUUUUCCAAACGGCAGAAAGUGCUCCAGGAAAAGUAGUGAAUCUCACAGUUGAGGCCUUUAACUAUUCUGCAGUAAACCUGAUUUGGUAUUUACCUCGGCAACCAAAUGGCAAAAUUACCAGCUUCAAGAUUAGUGUCAAGCAUGCCAGAAGUGGGAUAGUAGUGAAAGAUGUCUCCAUCAGAGUAGAAGACAUUUUGACUGGGAAAUUGCCAGAAUGCAAUGAGAAUAAUGAAUCUUUUUUAUGGAGUACCACCAGCCCUUCUCCAACCCUUGGUAGAAUUACACCUCCGUCGCGUACCACAUAUUCUUUGAGCACGUUGGCAAGGAGUAAGAUAAGCUCUGUGUGGAAAGAGCCUAUAAGUUUUGUAGUGACACAUUUGAGACCUUACACAACAUAUCUUUUUGAAGUUUCUGCUGUUACAACGGAAGCAGGUUAUAUUGAUAGUACCAUUGUCAGAACACCGGAAUCAGUUCCUGAAGGACCACCACAAAACUGUGUAACAGGCAACAUUACAGGGAAGUCCUUUUCAAUUUCAUGGGACCCACCAAGUGUAAUAACAGGGAAAUUUAGUUACAGAGUUGAAUUAUACGGACCAUCAGGUCGGAUUGUGGAUAAUAGCACGAAAGACCUUAAAUUUGCAUUCACUAACCUAACACCAUUUACAGUAUACAAUGUAUAUGUCGCAGCUGAAACCAGUGCAGGAAUCGGACCCAAAUCAAAUAUUUCAGUAUUCACUCCUCCAGAAGUUCCAGGUGCAAUAUUUGAUUUACAAGUUGCAGAAGUAGAAGCUACACAAAUAAGAAUUACUUGGAAGAGACCACGACAACCAAAUGGAAUCAUUUACCAAUACCGAGUCAAAGUGUUAGUUUCAGAAACAGGAGUAAUUUUGGAAAAUACUUUGCUCACGGGAAAAGAUGAGUAUAUAAAUGAUCCCAUGGCUCCAGAAACUGUGAACAUAGUAGAGUCAAUGGCAGAAUUAUUUGAGGGUUCAGCAGAGAUAUCUUCAGACCUGUAUUCGCUUGCUUCAGCUAUGUAUAACAGUCAUCCACAUAACUUUCCUGUGAGGAACAGAGCUGAAGACCAGCAUUCGACAGUUGGAACUGCAAGGAAUCUGUAUAUCACUGACGUUUCUGCUGAGCAGCUGUCUUAUGUUAUCAGAAGACUUGUACCUUUCACUGAGCACAUGAUUAGCGUAUCUGCUUUCACCAUCAUGGGAGAAGGACCACCAACGGUUCUUAAUGUUAGGACACAUGAGCAAGUGCCAAGCUCCAUUCAAAUUAUAAACUAUAAAAAUAUUAGUUCUUCAUCUAUUUUGUUAUAUUGGGAUCCUCCAGAAUAUCCCAAUGGAAAAAUAACUCAUUAUACAAUUUAUGCAAUGGAACUGGAUACAAACAGAGCAUUCCAGAUGACCACCACAGAAAACAGCUUUCUCAUAACAGGGUUAAAGAAAUACACAAAAUAUAAAAUGAGAGUGGCUGCCUCAACCCAUGUUGGAGAAAGUUCUUUGUCUGAAGAAAAUGACAUCUUUGUGAGAACUCCAGAAGAUGAACCAGAAUCGUCACCUCAAGAUGUUAAAGUUAUUGAUGUUACUGCAAGUGAAAUAAAUUUGAAGUGGUCACCUCCUGAGAAACCUAAUGGGGUUAUUGUUGCUUAUGAAGUGCUCUAUAAAAAUAGGGAUACCUUGUUUAUGAAGAACACCUCAACCACAAACAUAAUUCUAAAGGACUUAAAACCUUACACCCUCUAUAACAUCUCUGUCAGGUCGUAUACCAGAUUUGGUCAUGGCAAUCAGUUGUCUUCUUUCCUCUCUGUAAGGACUUCUGAGACUGUGCCCGAUAGUGCACCAGAAAAUGUUACCUACAAAAAUAUAUCUUCUGGAGAGAUUGAGCUAUCGUUCCUUCCCCCAAGUAGUCCUAAUGGAGUCAUACAAAAAUAUACAAUUUACAUCAGGAGAAGUAGUGGAAAUGAAGAAAGAGCUAUAAAUACAACCUCUUUGACCCAAAGCAUUAAAGGACUGAAGAAAUAUACCCAGUACAAGAUUGCGGUGUCUGCUAGUACACUCAGGGGUGAAGGAGUUCGGAGCGCACCCAUAAGUAUACUGACUGAAGAGGAUGCUCCUGAUUCUCCCCCUCAAGGCUUCUCUGUAAAACAGUUGUCUGGUGUCACGGUGAAGUUGUCAUGGCAACCACCCCUGGAGCCAAAUGGAAUUAUCCUCUAUUACACAGUUUAUGUCUGGGAUAGGUCAUCAUUAAAAACUAUUAAUGUAACUGAAACAUCAUUAGAGUUUUCAGAUUUGGACUAUAAUGUUGAAUAUAGUGCUUAUGUAACAGCUAGCACAAGGUUUGGUGAUGGGAAAAUGAGAAGCAGUAUCAUUAACUUUCGAACACCCGAGGGAGCACCAAGUGAUCCUCCCAAAGAUGUUCGUUAUGCAAAUCUCAGUUCUUCAUCAAUAAUGCUCUUUUGGAUGCCUCCUUCAAAACCUAAUGGGAUUAUUCAAUAUUAUUCUGUUUAUUACAGAAAUACUUCAGGUACUUUUGUGCAGAAUUUUACACUCCAUGAAGUAACCAAUGACUUUGACAAUAUGACCGUAUCUGCAGUAAUAGAUAAACUGGCAAUAUUCAGCUACUAUACAUUUUGGGUAACAGCAAGUACCUCAGUUGGAAAUGGGAAUAAAAGCAGUGACAUAGUUCAAGUAUACACAGAUCAAGACAUACCCGAAGGGUUUGUUGGAAACCUAACUUACGAGUCCAUUUCAUCAACUGCAAUAAAUGUAAGCUGGAGCCCACCAUCUCAUCCAAAUGGUCUAGUCUUCUACUAUGUUUCUCUGAGCUUACAGCAGACUCCUCGCCACGUGAGACCACUUUUUGUGACAUAUGAGAGAAGUAUAUAUUUUGAUAAUCUGGAAAAAUAUACUGAUUAUAUAUUAAAAAUCACUCCAUCAACAGAAAAGGGAUUCUCUGAUACCUAUACUGCCCAGCUACACAUCAAAACUGAAGAAGAUGUCCCAGAAACUUCACCAAUAAUCAACACUUUUAAAAACCUUUCCUCUACCUCAGUUCUCUUAUCAUGGGAUCCCCCAGUAAAACCAAAUGGUGCAAUAAUAAGUUAUGAUUUAACUUUACAAGGACCAGAUGAAAAUAAUUCUUUCAUUACUUCUGAUAACUAUCUAAUACUGGAAGAACUUUCACCAUUUACAUUAUAUAGUUUUUUUGCUGCCGCAAGAACUAUAAAAGGACUUGGUCCUUCCAGUACUCUUUUCUUUUACACAGAUGAGUCAGUGCCUUUAGCACCUCCUCAAAAUUUGACUUUAAUCAACUACACUUCAGACUUGGUAUGGCUGAAAUGGAGUCCAAGUCCUGUUCCAGGCGGUAUUGUUAAAAUAUAUAGCUUAAAAAUUCAUGAGCAUGAAACUGAUACUAUAUUUUAUAAGAACAUUUCAGGUGUUCAAACUGAAGCCCAGCUUGUGGGGUUGGAACCAGUCAGCACCUAUUCUAUUAGCAUAUCUGCCUUUACGAAAGUCGGAAAUGGCAAUCAAUAUAGUAAUGUAAUAAAAUUCACAACUCAAGAAUCAGUUCCAGAUGUCGUACAGAAUGUACAAUGUAUGGCAACUAGCUGGCAGUCAGCUGUAGUGAAAUGGGAUCCACCCAAGAAGGCAAAUGGAAUAAUUAUACAUUAUAUGAUAACAGUUGGAAGGAAUUCUACAAAAGUCUCUCCCCAAGAUGAUAUGUAUACUUUCGUGAAACUUCUUGCCAAUACCUCAUAUAUCUUUAAAAUAAGAGCUUCAACUUCAGCAGGUGAAGGUGAUGAGAAAACAUGCAACAUCAGCACGCUACCUGAAGCAGUCCCCAGUGUACCCACAAAUAUUGCUUUUUCUAAUGUUCAGUCAACUAGUGCAACAUUAACAUGGAUGAGACCUGACUCUAUUCUUGGCUACUUCCAAAAUUACAAGAUCACCACUCAGUUGCGGGCUCAGAAAUGCAUAGAAUGGGAUUCUGAAGAAUGUGUUGAGUAUCAAAAAACCCAAUACCUUUAUGAAGCUAACCUAACUGAAGAGACAGUGUAUGGAUUAAAGAAAUUUAGAUGGUACAGAUUCCAAGUGGCUGCCAGCACCAAUGCUGGUUAUGGCAAUGCUUCAAAUUGGAUAUCUACACAAACCCUGCCUGGCCCUCCAGAUGGUCCUCCUGAAAAUGUGUAUGUGGUAGCAACAUCACCUUUUAGCAUCAACAUCAGCUGGAGUGAACCUGCUACCAUUACUGGACCAACAUUCUAUCUGAUUGAUGUCAAAUCGGUAGAUAGUGAUGAAUUUAAUAUUUCCUUCAUCAAAUCAAAUGAAGAAAAUAAGACCAUAGAAAUUAAAGAUUUGAAAAUAUUCACAAGGUAUUCUGUGGUAAUCACAGCAUUCACUGGAAACAUAAGUGCUGCAUAUGUAGAAGGAAAGUCAAGUGCUGAAGUGAUUGUUACUACUUUAGAAUCAGUCCCCAACGAUCCACCUAACAAUAUGACAUUUUGGAAGAUACCAGACGAAGUUACAAAAUUUCAGUUAACAUUUCUUCCUCCUUCUCAACCCAAUGGAAAUAUCCAAGUAUACCAAGCUUUGGUUUACCGGGAAGAUGAUCCUACUGCUGUCCAGAUUCACAACCUCAGUAUUAUCCAGAAAACUGACACAUCUGUCAUUGCAAUGUUAGAAGGACUAAAAGGUGGACAUACGUACAAUAUCAGUGUUUAUGCGAUCAAUAGCGCUGGCGCAGGGCCAAAUGUUCAGAUGAGAAUAACCAUGGACAUUAAAGCUCCAGCACGACCGAAAACCAAACCAACCCCUAUUUAUGAUGCCACAGGAAAAUUGCUUGUGACAUCAACAACAAUUACAAUCAGAAUGCCAAUAUGUUACUACAAUGAUGAUCAUGGACCUAUCAAAAAUGUGCAAGUGCUUGUAACAGAAGCAGGAGCUCAGCAUGAUGGAAAUGUAACAAAGUGGUAUGAUGCAUAUUUUAAUAAACCAAGGCCAUAUUUUACAAAUGAAGGCUUUCCUAACCCCCCAUGUACAGAAGCAAAGACAAAAUUCAGUGGCAAUGAAGAAAUCUACAUCAUAGGUGCUGAUAAUGCAUGCAUGAUUCCUGGCAAUGAAGACAGAAUUUGCAAUGGACCUUUGAAACCAAAAAAGCAAUACUUAUUUAAAUUUAGAGCCACCAAUGUUAUGGGACAAUUUACUGAUUCUGAUUAUUCUGAUCCCAUUAAGACUUUAGGUGAAGGACUUUCAGAAAGAACUGUAGAAAUUAUUCUUUCAGUCACUUUGUGCAUCCUUUCAAUCAUUCUUCUUGGAACAGCUAUUUUUGCAUUUGCAAGAAUUCGACAGAAGCAGAAAGAAGGUGGCACAUAUUCUCCUCGGGAUGCAGAAAUUAUUGACACUAAAUUCAAGCUGGAUCAGCUCAUCACAGUGGCAGACCUGGAACUGAAGGGCGAGAGAUUAACGCGGUUACUUAGUUAUAGAAAAUCCAUCAAGCCGGUGAGCAAGAAAUCCUUCCUGCAACAUGUUGAAGAGCUUUGCACAAACAACAACCUAAAGUUUCAAGAAGAAUUUUCGGAAUUACCAAAAUUUCUUCAGGAUCUUUCUUCAACUGAUGCUGAUCUGCCUUGGAACAGAGCAAAAAACCGCUUUCCAAAUAUAAAACCAUAUAAUAAUAACAGAGUGAAGCUGAUAGCUGAUACUAGUAUUCCGGGAUCAGAUUAUAUUAAUGCCAGCUAUGUUUCUGGCUACCUAUGUCCAAAUGAAUUUAUUGCCACCCAAGGUCCAUUACCAGGAACAGUUGGGGAUUUUUGGAGAAUGGUGUGGGAAACCAGAGCAAAAACAUUAGUAAUGCUAACACAGUGUUUUGAAAAAGGACGGAUCAGAUGCCAUCAGUAUUGGCCAGAGGACAACAAACCAGUUACUGUCUUUGGAGAUAUAGUGAUUACAAAGCUAAUGGAGGAUGUUCAAAUAGAUUGGACCAUCAGGGAUCUGAAAAUUGAAAGGCAUGGAGAUUGUAUGACUGUGAGACAGUGCAACUUUACUGCUUGGCCUGAGCAUGGAGUCCCUGAAAACAGUGCCCCUCUGGUUCACUUUGUAAAGUUGGUUCGAGCAAGCAGAGCACAUGACACAACACCUAUGAUUGUUCACUGCAGUGCUGGAGUUGGAAGAACUGGAGUUUUUAUUGCUCUGGACCACUUAACACAACAUAUAAAUGAUCAUGAUUUUGUGGAUAUAUAUGGAUUAGUAGCUGAACUGAGAAGUGAAAGAAUGUGCAUGGUGCAGAACCUGGCACAGUAUAUCUUUUUAUACCAGUGCAUUCUGGAUCUCUUAUCAAGUAAAGGAAGUAACCAGCCCAUCUGUUUUGUUAACUAUUCAGCACUUCAGAAGAUGGACUCUUUGGAUGCCAUGGAAGGUGAUGUUGAGCUUGAAUGGGAAGAAACCACCAUGUAAAUAUCCAGACCAAACAUUAAAACUGAAGAUAUUUUCAAAUCCCAGGGGCCAAAAUUUCCCCCUCGCUCUUCUGAAUUGAAAUGUACAACCUUAAAGAAAUCUCAAUGUUUCUGUUACUGUGCCUUACUAAAUGGAUUGACAUUUUAUGAAUAGUUGUAGGAAAUAGCUAAUUGAGGAUAAUUAUUUGUUUUGUACAGAAUAAAUAUGCAUGUAAAAUGUUUAAGAAAAAAUAUCCCAGAGAUUUUUGAAGGCUUCCACAUUUUUGGAAUAAGCCAAAUGGAAAAUUAUCAUUAUGAUCUUUCUAUGUAAAAUUUCCCUGCAUAUUGGAUCGAAUUUGAACAAAAGUUGUAAAUGUUGAUUCAGUAGUGUUAUUUUGGCCUCCAGGGUGUUGACAUUUCUUGUGGAUAACUUCCAGGACUGUCAUAAUGAUCUGUACUUCCAUGUACACCCCUGUGUUUUGAAUCUCUGUUUUAUGAGUGCUGAGAUAUCAUCUCAUGAUCUCGAACAGCUGAACGGUAACCCUCUGACACUGCAGGGAUUACUUAGCCUUUAUGCAACACACAGUAGCUCUUCGGGGACACUGAGGGCUAUUUAAGUUGCAUUGUGAUCUUUAGUUUGAAAAAAACAAAAAGAAAAAUUAAACAGUGCUAUUGCUCAUGUCAGGUUGUAGAGUACAUUUGUACUGUCUACGUUCGUACAUUUUUCAGGACAAGCUGUACCACUAUGUUGUAUAGUUAAAUACAUAGUUAAAGAUAUCAGAAUAUUUGUCCAUUAGAUAUAUAUUCAACCUAAUAUUAACAGUUUGAAAGGUUUCUUCAGCAGAAAUGUAUGAGGUAUAUAUGGCAAGCUUGUAACCUAACGACGUGCUGCUGUGGUGCCAACAGAAACUUCAGAAUAGAUUAUAUAAAAUGUCCUUUAUUUCAUUUCCCAAAGUAAAUUAUUGAGGAGUGUAUUUGGUGGAACUGAAAACAAAGAAAUUAACCAGGUUAUAGCAAAUGAGAGAUUUUUUAAAACAUACUACAGCCUCUCUUCUGUUAGUGACAAUAUGCUAAGAAAGUUUUGAACUAUAAUGAAAUUAUUUUGUCAUAGAUUUCAAUUAAGGAUCAUAAAACAAAAUAGUAUCAAUUAUUCUAUUUCUUCUGUGAUAAGAAUUAUACCUUAUUUCUGCCAGCAUAUACAUAUAGGAAAUUAUGCUUAUUUCUGCUGGCAUGUACAUAUAGGAAAUAUGAUAGCCAAUAAAAUUGAAUUUUAAAGAAUUGAGUUACUUUGCAACAUGAUUUCAGAGGUCCUUAUGUGUAAAAAUUUUAUUUUUAUUACAUAUUAAGAUGUAAUUGAUAAUUACCUUAAAUAAUAUAAUGAAUUAUAUUAUAUAUAACUACAAUAUAGUGAUAUAGUAUAUUUAAUUAAUGUAUAAUCACUUCCCACAGUAUCUAUAGAUAGCAAGAAAUUUUAAAAUCAAAUUCAUUACCCAAGAAAUUAAAUUCUUUAAUCUUACAAGCAGUCCUGCUUCUUGUUUUUUUCAUGGCAAAGAAGUGUAAAUAGUAAACAAUUCACUACUGUUCCAACCAAGUUUAUCCUACAGAAAGUUACAAAAAACAGUAAGAAAUGAUGAGAAUUCUAAAAGAUUUAAGUUGAAGUACAAGGUCUUCUGUUUCCUUCAUGUGUCACUCAUUGAAAAUAUGUGGUGAGGGGGAACCUAGGUGGUUCAGUUGGUUAAGCAUAGGACUCUUGAGUUUGGCCCAGGUCAUGAGCUCAUGGUUCAUGUAGGGCUCUGCACUCACAGUGCCAUAGAGCCUGCUUGGGAUUCUCUCUCUCCCUCUCUCUCUCUGCCCUUCCCCCGCUUGUGUGUGUUCCCUCCCUCUCUCUCUCCUUCUCUCAAAAUAAAUUAAUGUAAAAAAAAAAAAAAGGAAAAUGUGUGGUGAGCCAGUACUUAUGAUAUGGGUUUUUGCAUACAUGGAAGACAGCCUGUGGAAAGUACUGGUGAGAUUAUUUUUUAAUGUAUUGAAUGAUAAGAAAAUAAACAAGUUUCAUCUACAGGCCAGCCCACUUUUUACAAUAUCUGUAUACAACAGAUGUGUACAGUGAAGAGUUUCAGGUUUGACCCGUGGGUCUAUGUAUAUGUGUGUGUACAAAACAUAUGUGUAUGUGUGUACAUACAUACACACUAUGUAUAUGUGUGUGUGUGUGUUAUAACAGAGUUAUAACAUAAGGUCUCUUCUAAAACAGUGCUUAUGAAACUCUAAUGUAUAUAUAAAUCACCUGGGGAUUGUGUUAAAAUGCAGAUUCUAUUUCAGUAGUUCUGGGGUAGGACCUAAGAUUCUUCACUUCUAGUAAGUAUUCAAGUUAUACUAUUGCUGCCUGAUCUCAGACCAUACACUGAACAGCAGAUUUCUUUUUUUAAUGUUUUUUUAAACUUAUUUUUGAGAGAGACAGAGCAUGAAUGGGAGAGGGGCAGAGAGAGAGGGAGACACAGAACGCAAAACGGGUUCCAGGCUCUGAGCUAUCAGCACAGAGCCGGAUGCUGGUCUUGAACCCACAAACUGUGAGAUCAUGACCUGAGCUGAAGUCAGACGCUUAACUGACUGAGCCACCCAGGUGCCCCUUUAGAAUAGCAAAUUUCUAAAAGACAAGAUCAGAAUAAUUUCAUGUCCAUCUGAAAUUAUUUGAAACCUGUUAAAACAAAGCUUUCUCUUCAUUCACAGUUGUAUACAGUUGUGAAUUGUACACAGUUCACAAUUGUAUAACAGGACACCUGUUAAAUGUGUAUAUCUAACUGUAUCACAAAAUUGUAACUAAAAUUGAAUUAAAACACAUAUCAGUGACAGCUAAAUUUUCUCCUACCUAGAUUGUGAAACGGCCAGUAUAUAGCCAAGUUCUAUAGGUAGUUACUAAGUGCAAAUUAGAAUAAUGAGGAACAUCUGUAACAUUUUUAGAUCAGAUUUGUCAAAAUACGUUGAAGCACAUGUACAAUAAAUGAGCAACAUGUGUUUCAUCUGAACCAAAUGAAACUGGAGCCUCUCAGAAUGGUUUGCCAGAGACGAGAGCAGCUGUGGGUAUCACCUCAACUUUCAUCCUGCUUUAAAACGCAUAAUUUUCUUCUCUCAGUUUAUAGGUGAAAUGUAUAAUAAGUCUUUUGAAAAAGGCUAAUUAAACCUUGCCCUCUUCAUAAAAAAAGAUGGUGAUUCACUCUCCACAUCUGGUACCAAACACUAGAUUUUAAAAAUGGAAUUUAAGUUCAACAAAGUAUGCAUCCUGUAAGUCCAUCACAUGAUUGUGGUAAGUCCAUUUUCAUGGGCCAACUUUCAGAAAACUCAAAUGAAAUGUUUGAUGAAUCCUGGAACACAAAGUGAUCUGAAAUUCUCAAAUGACAUGAAAAACUGAAAAUAUGAAAAAAGUAUAUAAAGCAUAAUCUUGGAAAAACAGAUUGCCUUUUUAGUAUAUGUGCUGCCGAAGCGAGCACUAGAUUGCCUUUUUAGGACAAAUAAUAUUUCAUGUUAAAAGACUUCAUUACUGUGCAUGGAGUUUUCAUGUGGAAUCAGGACUCAUACACCCACCAGCUCAUGAAGAUGUUCUGAGGAAUAGAUAGGAUCGCAUACAUGAAAGUGUUUCUAAAAGUAUAAUGAAGUCUACAAAGUUAAUCUUUUAGCCAGACUGGUUGGUUUGUUUAAUGCUUAUCAGCAAGAUAAUGCAUUUCAUUUAAAGAUUGCAUUGUAUUUUUUGACAAUAGUGCCAUAUUUGUGUGUCAUAUACAUGUGUAUGUUUCACAUGCACACAUCGAAGAGAAAAUUAUGGCAGUUAUAUAGACUUAUGCUAAAUAAGACAAUGAUGCUUUUUUCAUGAAUGAUUUGAGCAUUCUCAAGGAAAUUCUGGACUAAAAUGAAUAGAUAGACAUGUACACAAAUACCAUAAAAUGUGAUUUGGAAAACGAGUUAAGAAUAGUUUGCUUUUGGACAUUUCACCUCGAUAUUCUGAAUCAGUGUCUGCAAUACCGUUCAUUUGAAAAUAAAACUGUAACUUAAUACAAGGUAACAAAAAGCAUUAUUCUGUUAACAAUACUAUGUUUCUAAAAUCACAAAUUUAAAUUAUUUUAAUUUUCACUAAAAGCAUUCUUGAAUUAGAAAGUCAUUUUAGUAAAUUAUAAAGUUUUUAGAACACUUUUAUAUAUACGUCAUCCCAAUUAAUCCUUACAAAAUUCUUUAAGAUCUGCAGAGUCCCAUUUUACAGAUAAAUAUGAUGAAAGUUUAACUGCUGUGCCCAAGACCAUGUUUAGCAAGGUGAGAGCUGCAUAUCAUAAUCAAUUUACUCAAAGUUGAUGGUAAAGAUAGAAAUUUUAAAGGCAACAAAGAAAAUAAAGACCCAUUCAGAGAUUCAAAGAUAAGAAAAUAUGGUGGCUUCUGUCAGAAAUAAUGUAAGCCAAUAGAUAAUGCAAUGACAUAUUCAAAGUUCUGAAAGUACCUCCUCGACCUGAUUAAGGGCAAUUACAAAAAAAGCUAGAGCUAAUAUCAUACAUAAUGAUGAAAUAUUGAAGGCCUUCAACCUAGAUCAAGAAAAAGGCAAAAAUACCCACUCUCACAACUUCCAUUCAACAUUGUACUGGUGUUCCUAGCCAUUUCAAUCAGGCAAGAAAAAGAAAUAAAAGAAAUAUGGUUUGUAAAUGAAGACACAAAAUUGUCUUUGUGAGUAAAAGGUGUAAUCAUGUGUGAGGAAAUUGUUGAGAAAUCUAUAAAAAUAAAAAGCUGCUAAGUAUAAGUAACUAAAAAUGUUACAGAAUAGGGGCUCCUGGGUGGCUCACUUGGCUAAGUGUCCGACUUCGGCUCAGGUCAUUAUCUCAUGGUUUGUGGGUUUGAACCCUGUGUCAGGCUUCAUGCUGAUGGCUCAGAGCCUGGAGCCUGCUUCAAAUUCUGUCUCCCUCUCUCACUGCCCUCCCUCACUCAUGCUCGCUCUCUCUCUCUCUCUCUCUCAAAAACAAAACAAGCAUUAAAAACAAAAGGUUACAGGAUAUAAGAUCAAGAUACAAAGAUCAAUUUUAUUUCUUCAUAUGUUCAAUUGACAACUGGAAAUUUUAAUUAAAAAUACCAUUAAUAAUAGCAUCCAUGAACAUGCCUAAGAACAAAUUUAACAAAGUAUGUGCAGGAUCUCUAUGCUAAAAAUGAUAUUGAUGAGAAGAGAUAAAGAAGACUCAAAAAAAAAAUUUAAUGCAUGUCCAUGAACUCAAAAACUCAAUACUGUUAAGAUGUCAAUUCUACUCAAAUUGUUCUAUAGAUUCAAUGGAAUAUGUAUCUUAAUCCCAUAAGGCUUUUCUUUUCUAGAAAUUGAUAAACUAGUUUUGCAGUUAUAUAAAAAUGAUGCAAAGACCUAGAAUAGCCAAAAAAAAUUUUAAAUAGAACACAGUUUAAUGAUUUGCAUGAUAGGUAUAUAGUAUUUCUCAUUACAAGAAAAAAAUGGAAGGUCAAAAAUUAAACCCACACAUAGGUGACCCAUUGUUUUUCAACAAAGGUGACAACGCAAUUCAAUGGGGAAGAGUGUCUUCACCAUAAAUAGUAUUGGUACAAUUAGAUGUCCAUUUGGAAAAACAUGAAUUUUUAUUUCUAACUCAUAUAACAAAUACAAAAAUUAAAUUGAACUGUAAUACAGAUCUAAAUAUAACAAUUAAAAUUAUAAAGAUUAUAGAAAAGAAACUAAAAGUCCUCAUUAUGUUGGGAUAGGCAAAGAUUUCUUAGAGUACAAAAAAAAAGAAAUAAUAAAAGAACAAAUGAUAAAUUGUUCCUCAUCAAAAUUACAAUCUUCUGCUCUUUUAAAGACACUGUUAAGCAAAUGAAAGUUCAAGCCACAGGCUGGGAGAAUGGGAGGAAAUAUUCAUAAUAUAUGUCAUAAGAUACUUGUAUCCAGAACACAUGUAUAUUUACAGAAUAAUACACAUACAC